AUGGGCAAGAGAAAAGCUCCUGUUGGUGAGGUACCCAAGGACACAGCAGCUCCUGCGCAUUUCGAGACCGAGGAGAACCACAAUAUUUCUUCAUCUGGACUCUCGGACGACUCAGAAGAUGAAGCUGAAGAAGUGGAAACUCAGGAAACCGAAUCGAAACAACCUCCAAAAAAGAAGACCAAAAAACAGCUUUCUGCCGAGGAUGUACAAAUAGCGAGAGAAACCGCAGAGCUCUUCAAAUCCAAUAUUUUCAAGCUUCAAAUUGAAGAACUUCUUAAAGAAGUCAAGCUAAAAGAUUCUCACAUCACCCGACUCGAAAAGGUGCUCCACCGCCUCCAUGGCUUAAUAGAACAGAUAACCCCCAUUGAAAACCAGACCCUUGCUCAGGCGGAAAGCCACUUCAACCAUAAGAAAACCGUGAUUCCAUUUCCUGACCCCAAACCCACCUCGCUAAACUACACCUUUGGCUACCUUCCACCGCAAGAUAUAUCAUUAGUAGGAUCAUUUGGAUUAAAAGCUGCCAUCAACGAACGCAGUCCAACGGCCAUAGAUGUUGCAUUGACCAUGCCUCAAGAGUUGUUUCAACCAAAAGAUUACUUGAAUUAUCGUGCUCUUUAUAAAAGAGCAUUCUACAUUGCAUAUGUGGCAGAACACCUCAUCCCAUUGUCAAAGAAAAACAACCUUCCCUUAAAGAUAACAUACGAGUUCUUCAACGAUGACAUCCUCAACCCUGUCUUACGUAUUGAAAGCAUCAAGACUGACGCCGAAGAGGACCUCGACUUCCACGAUACUGGUUUCUAUAUUAAUAUUUUGGUUGGAUUUCCCUUCGGUAUUUUUGACUCCAAGAAAUUAAGCCAUGACAGAAACUGCAUCAGAGUCCAGUCGGACGACGAGCUUCCGCCCACACCGCUCUAUAAUUCUUCCAUUCUUUCCAUGACAGCAUACGACCAUUACCUCAAAUAUCUUUACACCAACAAAAAAGCGGCUGAGGCAUUUAAAGAUGCUUGUAUUCUUGGUCGCUUAUGGUUGAGCCAAAGAGGUAUGAGUUCGGCCUUGAGCGAUGGAGGAUUUGGCCAUUUCGAGUUUGCAGUUCUUAUGGCUGCUCUUCUCACGGGUGGAGGAACCAACGGAAACAAGAUACUUCUUCAAGGUUUCUCGUCUUACCAACUUUUCAAAGGUACCAUCAACUAUCUUGCGUCCAUGGAUUUAUCCAAGGGAUAUCUCUCGCUUUCAAGUGCAGUGGACGUAGGUUCCAGUUCCAAAUAUGUUGCUGACUCGGAAUACGAUUACCCAGCUAUAGUAGACCGUUACCUGAAGCUCAAUAUUCUUUGGAAAAUGACCCAAUCGUCGUACGAAAGAUUACAAUUUCAUGCGAGGGAAACCCUUAUUCUUUUGAACGACGUUGUCAAAGACCGGUUUGAUCCCAUCUUGCUUCAAAAAUCCAACAUCGACGACUUGCAAUUCGACUUGGUUUUGCGAGUGUCGAUUCCAGAGGAGGUCCAGGACUCUUUUGGUCCUCUUGAAAAGAUCACAUAUUUGACAUUUGAGGCGUAUAUCAAGGAAAAGGUGUAUCGGAUUUUGGUCAAGGCACUUGGAGCUAGAGCAAACCUCAUUUAUACCAAGAUGAAAACCAAGAACUCAAAACCUUUCCAAAUCUACAAAAGGAAACCUUCGUCAAAUACCGUCAGUGAGUUGGAAAUAGGUAUUAAAAUAAACCCCGAAGAAAGUGAGAAACUAGUCACCAGGGGCCCAGCGGAAGACGACCCAGAAGGUGAGCUGUUUAGAUCUUUCUGGGGUUCCAAAUCAUCUCUUCGUCGGUUUAAAGACGGUUCUAUUCAGUAUUGUGUUGUGUGGAACAUUGGGUCUGAACCUCUUGCUACUUCAAUCGUCAAGUACAUUUUGGAUAUGCAUUUGGUUGAAGGCAUUUCCCAACAUGUCGAAUGUGCUGCUUCCGAAUUCAAUGCAUUGUUGCCUACUCCCUUAUUACCUGCUGCUAAUAACCAGGCUCCAACUAAUUUAUCAGGGUUCAUUAAUCUUGCAAGCUCAUUUGAGCGACUUACGAAAAAUAUUAGCGACUUAAGCUUGCCGUUGGGUGUCAAGGCGAUUUCUCCCGCUUCACCAGCUUUGAGAUUCAGUUCCUUGUUGCAGCCUGUUCCCUUCGCAAUUGCCAGCCCGGACUUUUGGAAUGAUGUAGUCCUUCAAUUCGAGACUUCCACCAGAUGGCCCGACGAAUUGGCGGCACUUGAGAAAACCAAAACUGCAUUUUUGCUCAAGAUUCAAAAGGAACUCGCCGACACCGCUUAUGAGUCUCACAUUGUCAAGGAUGAUUCUAUUCCCUUUAACGAAAAUGUAACGACACUUCAUGUUCUUACACCAGAAGGAUUUGGAUUUCGAAUCAGAGUUUUGACCGAGCGGGAUGAAAUCUUAUACUUGCGUGCCGUGGAGAAUGCAGACAGACGGAAGCCAAUUGCCCAUGAUGUAUACUUGAAGUUCAAUAGGCACUAUCUUGGGUGUGUCAAGCAUACUAGAACGGUAUCCACGUUGGCUCACCACUAUCCAUUCUAUUCCUCAACAGUGAGGUUGUUCAAGUACUGGUUGGACUCGCAACUUAUAUUACAGCACAUAUCUGAGGAGCUCGUGGAGUUACUUGUGCUCAAGGUGUUCAUCGAUUCGGCUCCAUACUCCACUCCCAACUCAGUUAUUGCAGGGUUUUUACAAGUCUUGUCAUUCUUAUCGUCGUGGAACUGGCGAGACGAUCCACUCAUUUUGGAUUUGGUGAAGAAACUGGACUUGGAAGAUAGUCUGUUGAAAGGCUCUGACAAACUCACUACUCAGGCGCAUCAAGUGAUUGUUCUGAAUUUUGACAAGAUCAGAAAGAGCGACCCAACGGGGAUCAAGACACAGUUUUUCGUAGCAUCCAAAGAUGAUCCUUCGGGAAUUUUGUGGUCCAAUGGGUUGACGCUUCCGAUUGCUGGGCGUAUUACUGCCCUUAGUCGUCUAGCAUUGAAGGUCUUUUUGGACAAGGGAAUCAAUAAGGCAAACUUGGACUUGGUAUUUGUUCCUGGAUUGAGUGACUUUGAUUUUGUUCUCAAUUUGAAAUCAACAGACUUAUCUAAGGAUAUGGGAGUGCUCAAGGGACGUGCUUUCAAGAACUUGAUUGGAGUUGAGACCUCUUUUCCAGAAGAUAUAACUUCAAAGGUGAGUCUCCCUCAAAUACUUGUUGAAGAGCUCAAUAAGAAAUAUGGCAAUGUAGCCAUCUUCUUUGCUCGAAAAUGCAACUUGCAAGACAAGAGUGUGAUUGGAGGAUUGUUUUUGCCCAACAUUCUCACACCAAAAAAAUUCAAGGUAACCGUUGGUAUUAAUGUCAAACCUAUAAGCAAGGAAGAAAUCAUCAUCAACAAAAGUGCUAUUUUUGACGAAGUGUCGUCAUUGGCAGGUGAUCUUCUUGUGCUGAUUAAUAGAAAAGGGACUCAAUCCCAAACAUAG